CAUGAGCUUAAGCAUAAACAUCAUGUACGUAGACGCCUCGUGACGUGCUGGCACGUAACCCAGCGUCGCCGCCAUCUUAGUUGGGUCUCCUCACUCUAAACUAGCACCCGAGUCAACGGAGAGCGAGCAGCCAUGCCCGUAUUUUGUGCAGCUUACGGUUGCAAUAACCGGCGCAGUGUUCUCACCAAGUCGCGUGGGAUUACCUUUCACAAGUUCCCCAGCGAUAAAGGCUUGAGGAGGCAGUGGGAAGCUGCUCUAAGACGGGAGGGUUUUGUUGCGUCUGAGUCGUCAAAGCUCUGUAGUGAGCACUUCAAGCCCGGUGACUUUGACAGGACGGGCCAGAUUGUCAGGCUUAGAGAUGGUACGACCCCAUCUGUCUUCAACUUACCGUGUCAUCCCCAACGACCCGUAGGGACAAGGAACACAAACACUUCAAGGGAAGCUGAAGAGAGCCAACCACUGGACCUUUCUUUGCGUGUCCCUGAAAGUGAACCUCAGCCCAAUGAUGACCACUCCUAUGCAUUGCCCGAUUCUCCCUCUCACUUGAAGGCCAGACUCAGUGAAGCUUUGGCUAGAGUGCAGAGUCUAGAGCGCGAGAAGGAAAAUGCAAUAGCCCGAGAACGGAGAGCAAAGAAAACCGUCAAGAGUCUUCUGGAAGAUCUGAGGGAAAAGAACCUUAUAAAUGAAGAGCUGAAAGAAAGGCUUGACUCCCACUCAGAUCUUCAGAUAGACCUGUUUUCAAAGCAGGACCAUGAAUACACUAAGGACCAGAGAGAGUUUGUCCUCACGCUGCACCUCCAUGGUCCGAAAGCCUACAGUUACCUGAGGGAUUCUCUGCAUCUUCCCCUGCCACAUCCACAUACGUUGCAACGGAGGCUGGAGUAACAAUCUAACUGCAGGGCAGUUCCAAGGCAUUUUCCGCCGUCUGAUGGUCCGUUGUGGUGUCUCACCAAGUGGGUCAGGCAACGUGGCAGCACAAGAUGAAACUGUGUCCCUAUCAGCUGCAGACAUGCACUCUGCUUCAAAGGCCGAGGAAGAGCUCCUGUCCCCCUUUGCAAACAUUUCUGCAGUCAUAUGUGACCACAGUUACCUGGCCACCCGCUUUGGUGAUCUUGUGGACAAUGCCCCUUUUCUACAUUUCAGGGUUUGUUGUCAGAAAAAUUCAGAAAAAGCUGUCCUGUGAGGUGUGCCGUGCCGUCACAGCUGCUGUACCCUCAUCCUUUGACCAGAGCUCCCACCUGCUUGAACUUAAAAACAAUGGCGGGCUGAUGAUCCCCUCACAGGGAACAGUGAAGGUGGUCAAGCAAAAAGAUCAAAUUCUCUUUUGGUAUUUUUUGGAAUAUUUCCCCCUGCAUUUCUUUGUUUAUGAUUUCUAAUUUUUUUGUCAACAUCUUCCUGUUAAAGUGUGUGUGAAGUAAUUUUUUGUCACACUUAAACUUAUUCUGCUUUGCCACAUUUGAAACAUAUCAAGUUAUUGCACCUGUACUAUUCCAGGUUGGCAAGUGAUGUCUUCACAGUGUCAGUCUGUUGUGGGUUAGUCAAUUGUUAUGGAUCUUUUAUAUGCUUUAAUGAGAGUUGUGUGAUGGGUGUCCACAUCCAGUCUGUUGAGGUUUGCUUAAUUACUGAUUGUCCCCCCAGCAGGGACAUGAUCUUUGACAGCAGUCUGUUCUUUGAACUGGAGUGAGAUGUUUUUUUUUUUUUCCCUCUCUCUGAUUUUGAUCCUCCUAGCUGAUGAUUAUCUGAUCAGUGUUGCAGUUGGACUUUAAUGUUGAGCCCUCGUUUAAAUGUCAGUCUUGUUAAUGCUGGGCUACGUCAUUACACGCUCGCCGCGGAGGUGUCUGUCUUUGACCUCGGGCUGUGUCAGUGUCACUGUCAAGACGACUUCAUAGCAGUAAAUGAGUUAUUUUUUCCUUGUUGUCCUCCACUCACGUGCCUGGAAAAUGUGUAUGUAUAUGUGUUACAGAAGGGGUGUGUGUGUUUGUGAUUGUGAGUGUGAGGAGAGAGAGAAAUAAAUUCAAAUGAACAAUCAAA